AUGUCUUCCGGCUUUCAAUAUAAUUCUUAUUUCACUUUCAGCCAUCCUGGCUGGGAGUCCGACCCAGUUGCAGAUUAUGCCGAACUGGCUCUUGCUCGAGUAACAGCCGAGGCGCCAGACCCUGGUCCAAUUGAGGACUUGACGACUUUUGCCCAACAACUCCACACAACUGGUCUACCGAUCUGCGAAGCUGCUGAUCUAGAAGAUCUCAAUGAUGGUGCAGCUAUCGGUUCCGGUACAACUAUGACCGUGUUCAAAUGUCUCUGGAAGUCCAAGAACAAAGCCGUCGCAGUAAAGCGAGUCAACCUUGGAAUUGCCUUGGGCCAGUCUCAGCAUGAGGCCCAUUCCCAGAAAUACUCGGGCCUCCUGAAGUCUCUUCUCAGGGAAAUGAGAGUAAUGAAUCAUCCCUGGUGCAAAGCCCAUCCGAACUUCGUUGAGCUCCUUGGAAUAAGCUGGGAUGCCGUCACUUCUGAUGGGGGUAUCAGCAGUUAUCGACCCGCAAUGAUCGUCGAACUGGCAGAUCCGACGACGCCGCAGUUGAGAGAUUUGGUAAAAAGCUCUCGGUAUCCUCUCGGUCUCAAGGAACAGGGAAUGAUGUUUGAUCUACUGACUGACGUUGCCGAGGGAGUUACUAUGUUACAUGCAAUGAAAAUUGUCCACGGCGACUUGAAGCCUGAUAACAUCCUCUUAUUCCGAACGAAAGAUCGUUUGGUGGCAAAAUUAUCUGACUUUGGGUUCUGCAGCCCUUUUACUGACAUCGAGUAUAAGAUCGGAGGAACCCCGUAUUGGAAUGCCCCAAAUUCCUUUGGUCUGACCAAGACUGACAUUCUGGCCUUUCAGGAAUGUAUGCCGGAUGCCCCAGAAGAGCUGCGAGCCUUUCGCAAGACGAUAACAAGGGACCUGUAUUCUUUCGGGCUUGUCAUGGCAUACUCGCUCUUCUCAAUACUGCCAUAUGAUGAGGAGGGCGAACAUGAUGCAGAUACGAUGACGGUCCAAGAUUGGAAGCUGAAUCAAGACGCCAGUAUCUUCUUGUAUGAGCAGAUCAUCGUAUAUGUACUAGACUUCCAUUCCACUAAUAGUACCAGGUCUGGUACCUCCAUUGAAACAACCAGUCCAGUUUUUAGACCAAAGAUGGUGUCUAGUAUGGGUCACGGUCUUCAAAAGCGGCAAUUUGGCAAGAAGCGUCGGGGGUUUGGCUGCCCUCCAAGUGCUGCAAAGGCACUUGAAUAUGAGACUCUCGCAGCACAGGCAGGGUCUGAUGCUGCGCAGAUCCAGGCUACUUUUCAUGGCCUUGUUGAUGGAUUUGAUUGCUCGGUGACAAGUGAGCAGAAGAGAGUAUGGUUGAAGACUGCGAUUUGCAUAAUCUUCUUCGGGCACAAUCCCAAUAAUGCGAGAAGGAAUGCUUUCCUUGAUGGAUUAGAGCGGGUUUCGGUUGAGCUUCUUGACCAUGCCAUUCUGUACUCAUUCGCCAAGUCGUUCAUGGACGAGAGGAUAAUAUACAAUCUCGAGUUUGAUGGUGCGGCAGAGGAUGAGCUAUUUUCUAUGGUAGUCAACGACGAGAGAGACAAACUCGUCGCGGCUUUGAAAUCGGACAGGAAACUUUUAGCUCAAAAGAAGGGCGGCUUCACAAUCUUGCAUGUUGCAGCGGACUAUUGCCGGGAAGAAAUAAUACAAGAUCUUGUCCGCGGUUUCAGCAUGCAUCCGGACACAAAAUCUGACUACGGAGAUACGCCCAUAGAGCGUGCAGCCGAGACUGGAAGUAUUGACUGUGUACGACUUCUAAUAUCUCUGGGGGCUGAUAUCAAGCCUCUUGCUGACCAAGAGCUCUUCUCAUCCGUUGUCAUAACUGGGACUCGCAAUACCAUCAAGGACAGUCCUGUAAGUGGGACUGCGUCUCUGCUAUCGCUUCUCUGUAGGGCUGUUGAAGAGGUCUCGGAAGACCCCACUUCAGGUCAAACUCUGAUCAAUGGGAGAUAUAUGUCAGGCAAUGAGAAUGAGGGUAUUGCUCUUGGUUCACCUCUCGAGUUGGCGGUAUCUGUGCUGAACUAUGACUCUGUCAUAGCACUGUUGAACCUCGGCGCCGAUCCUAAUAUUUACAAUUACCUACCCCCGCUGCAAAUCGCUGUUUCGUUGAGGGAACCUCUUCUUGCCCUGCUGUUACUCACCCACGGAGCUCUUCCGAAUACGGUGAGUCGAACCGAUGGAGAUACAGCAUUGCACUGCGCGAACGAGGUUAAUGGGACGGAGUUCGCUGAAACACCUCGAAAUGAUAUCAUUCCAUGGCAGCAGUUCGUGAAAGAGGGAGUCGAAGCGAUUGAUGUUGAUAGCGAUGAGUCUCUGACUGCUAGGGUCAAAGCAUGUAUCACGAUCCUCUUGCAUUUCGGUGCAGAUCUCGAGGCGCGCAACUCUGAAGGGCAGACAGCUCUUGUGCAGGCGGUUCGGAUGGGAGAUUACUCAACUGCUAAGUAUCUUCUUCAGAUGGGAGCGGAUAUUGAGUCAAGAGAUGACGAAGGAAAUAUUGCAUUACUGGGUAUUGAGUCAGAGGAGGCUCAGCAGUGGUGCAGGGAUAAGGGACUUGGCAUUGGAACUCGAUAA